GAAGCUUGGUAAAUCCGAAACAAACGACCUUUGGGACUGACUUUGUGAACCGAGAAGCGACAAGACAGUCACGGUUUGUGAGGCUUCGACCUGCGGCUGGUGGAAGAACUCUCCGCACCCCAGGCCGUAGGAGACUCGGGUUUCGGCUACUCCUGCCUGUAGCCCCUCUGUGAGGCGCUGGGUAUUUCAGGCUACGCCCCACGCCUCCUCAUUGGCUUCUCCAGACACGUGGUCGGGUGGUCCCGCCUCCGAGUGGCCUGAGAGGCGGAACGCGAAGCCGCAUGGACAGCCUGGCGCCGGGCCGAUGGAGACGGCGGAGGACGGAGGAGCUGCCAGCGGCAGGGGACGCGAAACGGGCGUGCAGGAGAUCAGAAGCAAGUGGACAUGAGUGCAGCGGCCACAUGCUAACCACCUGUGCCAUGCUGUCCUGGAGCACAGAGGACCAGGAGCCAAGGCCACGAGGCCUUCCUGCGCCACAGCCAGAGUAUAGCCCAGAGAGGCUGCGCUCCAUGGUUCUGCAGAACGGUGGAAGGAGUUCAGCCCAGCCUUGCCAGAGGUGUAUCGCGGGGGAAUCUGGCCAUUUUAACCAUACCGGCAACCAUUAGAAGAUGCAAACGGGAUGAACGAAGAUUCCAGUUGAGUUUGAAUCCUCACAUGAUGGCCAGUGCACAUCCCUUACAGCUUGCCUGGCUGCCCACCUGUCUAAAUGAUGGCUAGGGCUCCCUCGGAGGUUGUCUGCCUCUCAGGUAAUCCCACUGUCCUGCAGAAGGCCAGGAACAUCCUGAGUGGGAUGGCUCACCUCAGCCUCUUUUCUAAUGUCUUCUGCUGGGCAGGAAAUUACAUAGAAGUCAGCAAACUCUGUAUCAAACUGUCUGGAGCCUCAUAGCUCAUGUAAUCAUUAGGCUCAGCCAGACACUUCCCUGCCUAUGGACUUUGGGUUGUUUCUGGACAUUACUGGGCUUCUCAUAUACUCUUUUUAAUUAAAAGACUUAUUUUUGUAUUUUAAAUGCUCUAUAAUCUUGAAGUGAAUUUUACUAAAUGCUGAUGUCCAAUCAAGCUAUGUAAUUCUCCAACUGAAGUUAUCAGAAACAGAACCCUAUUUAUAUUAAAAUGGAAAUUGUGGA